GGGGCCUACUCACAGCCUUCAUCACCCUACAUCCCCCCGGGGGCCUACCCGCCUCCUUCCUGGGGAUCCAGCUCCGACACUCAACCCUCCAGAGUCUCUCAUGAGCAGUUCAGAGCUGCACUUCAACUAGUCGUCAACCCAGGCGACCCUCGGGAAUACCUGGACAGCUUUAUCAAAAUCGGCGAGGGCUCCACAGGUAUCGUGUGCAUCGCCAGCGAGAAACACAGCGGCAAGCAGGUGGCUGUGAAGAAGAUGGACCUCAGGAAACAGCAGAGGAGAGAGCUGCUCUUUAAUGAGGUGGUGAUCAUGAGAGACUACCAUCAUGAGAACGUGGUCGACAUGUACAACAGCUACCUGGUGGGAGACGAGCUGUGGGUUGUCAUGGAGUUUCUCGAGGGUGGGGCGCUCACUGACAUUGUGACUCACACCAGGUAACCUCCCUUCAGUGUAGAAAUUCAAGAGUCAGCGAGUCAUGUAUGGUUCAUACUCGCCGUAGUGUCCCAGGUUUGAACUUCACGUGUUAAAAAAAAGACGUGAUCACCCCUUUCGCAUUGAGCCUGAAGGCACCGAAAGUUGUAGCACCAUUUGGUCAUGCUCCACUGCGUUGUGACAACCCGGACAAUUUUCC